UGUAUAGAGGAAUAUUCCAGUGAAAAAUCAAAAAGUAAGUUACAAUAAAAAGAAAAGUAAGAGCAGAAUGCUGAUGUGGUUGCUUUUAUCUCGAAGCAUUUAAAUUGGCUGCAUAUGGAGUCAAACAGGGAGGAAUUGGAAGUAUUCUGGCAGGCGGUAUACUCAAGAGGUCAUCAACAAUCAAGGAAAACGAGGAAGAGGGACCAAAGCCGCCCCCAAGACCUAUAAGUGACCCAAAGAGUAGAGCAAAAGCAAAGUGAUUAUCUUUUAUAUAGUUAUUAAUGACUCGUGUGACUUUAGAUGAAACUACCAAGGCUAUGGUCAUUCACGAUUAUUCCGCAGAAAACAAUGGUAAGAAACCAAAAAAAAAAAAGAAGGCAACGGUCAAUAAACACACAGCUGUAUAGAUGAGAUCGAAUUGAUGAGAGGGGAGCAUGUGACAGUAUUAGAGCAAAACGGAGAGUGGUGGAAAGGAUCAAACGAGAGGGGGCAGAUCGGCAUAUUUCCAGCCAACUUUGUACAAAUCAUUGAUCAAACGCCUCCUCCACGACCCACUCGCGCCCGACCUGCGACAGUACAGAAACAGGAAGAGUCAACGGGGGCUGGUGGGCCGCCACCCGUGCCAGUGGGCACCAGACCAACAUCCCUUCUGACCAACCGCGAUUCACUCAGUCCUUCUCGUCCACCCACGUCUCCUCCAUCAAGACCUGUCACAUCACCUCCGUCUAGACCUGUUACAUCACCUCCACCCAGGCCCACGACUGCUCCACGACCACCAUCAAUCAAUACGCACAAACGUACACCUUCAAUACCAGCUGUAUCACCUGAUUUGCCGCCACUAUCGCCUGUCUAUUCAACAAGACCGGUAGUGCCUAGACCUACAAGUUCCAUAGACGCGGCCAUGACGAAUAUGGCUAAACCACCAAAGAUUGUAAGAUAUAGCAUAGUGUAAUGACAUAUUACUAACAAGCAUUUUAGCCCAAG